AUGGAAGAAUACAUCGCCCGCUUGCACCAUAGACUGGAGGUUCUCAAGCUGUGCGUCUCCCUGUGCAAGGUAUCGACCGACGACGCUUACUUCGUGAAGAACGCGCGUGCCAAGCUAGUCGACGCAAGCGAGCACCAGCGGCGCAUCGACGAAUUGCUCAAGCAGUACGAAGAGGUGAAGGAACGAGAAGCGAAGAUUCUCACCGACUUGGAGGUCCGACUGCAGCUCGCCGAGUGUCAAAAGUCGUUCGUGGAGGGUCUCGGAGAACCCAAGUCUCAGCCAAGCGGCGUCGCUACGCAAGGUUCGUCUCUGGCCGCGGGCGAUAAGCCUUGUCGCCAGCAGGUUACCGCUGGAUCCAAGCACGUCACGAACCUCAUCGCUCCCCUAAGCGAAGAGGAAUUCUCCAGCGUCCCCAAGUACAUGAAGGGUCGGUUCACGCUCGCCGCGAUCAACAAACUCGUCGACGGUUUCAACAAGGCGAUCGCGUCCAAGUACCAACUCUUGGCGCUCCCCAAGUCCCGCCUGAAGGGCCAGUGGAAGCGUGUCACCACCUACCAGAUGCAGGAGACCGCCGAGACGAAGAGGCUCAGCUUCGUGGUCGACGCCGACCUGACCGGGAAAAGUGGCGGUGGUGCUGCCUUCGAGUCCAGUCGAGUCGUCACCCAGUUUGCUGUGGUGAUGCGACACUGCGGAAGGAUACGCGAGAUACGGGGUCCCGAACGCAUAGUGCGUUACGUGGUGGUCUGAUAAGCAGCAGUCACGAACUGAUCUCAAAGCACACCACGUCUUGUUACUGAUGCGAUGAUAAA